UUACUAUUUUAUUUUAUUUUUGGAAGCAACUGAUUUUUCCCUCUUAUAUAUAAUCCAAUUCUUUUGACAUAACAAAUAAUUUUCUUAAUCCUUAAAUAAAACGAUUCAGUAAUUUUAUUAUCCUGCAGAGAAAUUGGAGCGGCGGUGCAAGGCAACGGCAAGAACAAAACACCAACCACCACCGUAAAUAAACAUCACCAACGUGACUUCUGAGGAAAAUUGCCCACGUGUCGCUGCCCAAUUCUCAGCCCAGUCAUCAGAACCAUAGGGGCAUAAUCGUCUAUACAUAAGAUUGUCUUUUUUCUCAUAUUUUAUUACUUGAAUUUGUACUUUCUGGUUUUGGUCGGAAUCUUUCAAAAUGCCGGAGAAAGGACCGAUUCUAUCUCCGGUUCCAAACCAGGUAUUACUUCAACGGUCGAGUCCUCUCCUUCAAUGGCGUUUCAGCGCUCUUACAGCACUCGUUUUCUCCCUCGUGUUAUUCGUCUGGAGCAUCGACGGUUUCUCGAUACAAACCUUCGCUGAGCCAUGGAGACUCAGCGCGUACUCCCUCCGCGUCAGUUUCUCUCCCUCUCCUUCCCCUUCUCCUUCACCAAAACCUCAUCCUAUAGAGCCCCACGAGAAGCCCACUACAGGCCCACGAAAUCUAAACACGAAGAAGACGACGAAUCUCACUUCGAACUCGACCCGGUGGAUCGCCGCCGAGUGGGGGAAGAAUUACACGGCGAACCUGAUGAGAAACUGGUUGGCUCCGGGAGAUACGCCGUGCCGGGAGGCGAAGACCGUCGAGAUUUCACUUCCCGGCGUCGACGGGAUCGAUACGGUGGAGCUAACCGCCGGAGAGAUCCACGAAUUCAAAUUCCAAUCCCUUGACGAAUCCAAAAACGCCGUUUGCGUCGGCGGAGACUACUUCGAGACUGAUUUAUCCGGCGAGAACUGGAAAUCUCGGCCGCCGGUGAGAGAUUACGGCAACGGAAGUUACUCCAUGUCGUUACAAGUUCAUCCCGAGUUCGCCGGAGAAUUCAACCUCACCGUCGUUUUACUCUUCCGUCAUUACCAAGGCCUUAAGCUCAGCCCCGCGCGUCUAGGAGUCGACCAAAAGCUUCGCGAUGUCCGGCUACGCUUCGUAAAGAAGCCCGACGUUGCUUUGCCGGAGCUUCAGACAUGUAAGAGAUCCGACUUUACCCGAGACGCGUGGUCGGGACGAUGGACAAGGCUCGGUAAGAACGAGAGUUGCCAGAUCAGCAACGACGGACGUUACCGUUGCCUUCCUUCGGAUUUCCCUUGUCGGAAACCGUGGUGCGAGGGAGCUCUUGGAGCUAUUGAGAGCAACGGUUGGGUUUACUCCAGCCAUUGCUCUUUCAAGAUGUUCUCUGGAGAUGACGCGUGGCGCUGCUUGAAGAACAGAUGGAUCUUCUUCUGGGGAGAUUCGAACCACGUUGAUUCGAUAAGAAACAUGCUGAACUUUGUUUUAGGUCAUCCGGAGAUCCCCGCUGUACCGAGGAGGUUCGAUAUGAAGUUCUCUAACCCGAAGAAUGAGUCGGAGACUGUUAGGAUCACGAGUAUCUUCAACGGGCAUUGGAACGACACACAGAACUAUCAAGGCCUUGAUUCUCUUAAAGACAAUGGGUUUAGAGAGUUGCUUGAGAAGUACUUCUCGGAAGACCGUGUUCCAGAUGCUAUGGUCGUGAACUCGGGCCUACACGACGGUAUUCACUGGACCAGUCCUAGAGCCUUCGAGAAAGGAGCUGAAGCCGCGGCCGCGUUUUGGAAGGGAGUUUUCGAGGGUGUCAAAAGCAGGGGACUGCAGCCGCCUGAGGUGGUUUUCAGGAACACGGUCGCUACGGGGGGUUACGCUAGAACGCUGCCGUUUAACCCGAGUAAAAUGGAGGCGUUUAACGGAGUGUUUCUAGAGAAAAUGAGGGAUGCGGGACUGGUGACAAGCGUGGUGGAUAACUUUGAUAUGACGUAUCCGUGGCAUUUUGAUAACCGGUGCAACGACGGGGUUCAUUACGGAAGAGCUCCGGCGAAAAUGAUGUGGAGGGACGGUGAGAUCGGACAUCAGUACUUUGUGGAUUUGAUGCUUGUUCACGUGUUGCUGAAUGCAUUGUGUGCGAGGUAGUGGUGAUGAUCGAAGUUUGGUUUAGGAGUCACGGAUUCUUUAUUUUUGUGUAGAUGUUUUGAUUUAUUUUUGGUUGUAUAUGUAUCAAAUUUUAUUUGGGAAAACUCAAACUGAAGCUUGAGUUUAUUGUGUAAUGUAUAUUUUCCAGCCUUAAACUGAGUUUUGUAAGUUGAAAGUGCC